AUGGGAAACACUAAUGGGGUUCUCUGCCUGUUUUAUCUGCAGACAGCAGCUGAAUAUGUAAAAUCCCGACUCCCAGAGGCCCUGAAGCAGCAUCUUCAGGACUAUGAGAAAGACAAAGAAAAUAGUGUGCUGUCCUACCAAACCAUUCUUGAGCAGCAGAUCCUAUCGAUUGACCGAGAGAUGCUGGAAAAAUUGACUGUAUCCUAUGAUGAAGCAGGGACCACGUGCUUGAUCGCUCUGCUAUCAGAUAAGGACCUCACUGUGGCCAACGUGGGAGACUCCCGUGGGGUCCUGUGUGACAAGGACGGGAAUGCCAUUCCUUUAUCUCACGAUCAUAAGCCUUAUCAACUGAAAGAAAGAAAGAGAAUAAAGAGAGCUGGUGGUUUCAUCAGUUUUAACGGCUCCUGGAGGGUCCAGGGCAUCCUGGCCAUGUCUCGGUCCCUGGGGGAUUAUCCACUGAAAAAUCUCAACGUCGUCAUCCCUGACCCGGAUAUCCUGACCUUUGACCUGGACAAGCUCCAGCCCGAGUUCAUGAUCUUGGCAUCAGACGGCCUCUGGGAUGCUUUCAGCAAUGAAGAAGCUGUCCGAUUCAUCAAGGAGCGCUUGGAUGAGCCUCACUUUGGGGCCAAGAGCAUCGUUUUGCAGUCCUUCUACAGAGGCUGCCCUGACAAUAUAACCGUCAUGGUGGUCAAGUUCCGAAACAGCAAAGCCGAAGAGCAGUGAGCCCUUCCUUCGGGGCCUCCACUGCCUUAGACUAAAGGACUUUCAACUCUGAUUUCUGUGUAAUUUAGUGAAAGGUGUGCAGUUAUAAUAGGAUCAUCCGUGCAGCCAUGGGCUCCCCGCUCCCUGGUGGUCUUGGGCCCAUGGUCGGUGAAGGACCAGCGUGUUUGAGAGGCUGGAAAAUGGUUUCUUCAUUUUUCCCACACCCACCCUUCAUCAGACGGUCAAAAUAUAUAAAUAGGUAGCUGUAGAUUCACAUGUAUGACGUGAACACACAGGUGUUCACAUACCUCCCCUUGAGGAUUCUUUGGCAGGUCCCUUGCCCUGCCUCCUGCAGGCAUCUGGCUUGGUGUCUUCUCUUUGGGGGAGCUGCAGGAGGCAGGCUGCAGCCUUGCCUGGGAGCCGGGGCGGAUGGCAUAGCUCUUUGCAGAGAUGCCGGGCUGCCCUAUGGACCCCUUUGUCUUCAGCCCAGGUCUUUUGCUCGGCCACAGAUGCAGGUUUGGCUCCUCUGGAAGGCUGAGAAUAGCGGCCGGGAUGGGAGAUCAGUGGAAACGAUGUCACAGCAGAAACCAGCCUUUCCCUGGCUCCUUUUGUGAGUUAAAUCGCCUGUGUUACCACCUGACCAGCCUUGUGCGUUGAUCCUAAUAGUGCAUGGCUGACGUUGAUAACCUCUAGCUUCUGCCUCACCUUAUAUGAUAGGCAGCUGUUAACCUUCACCACUGGACACCACGACACUUUUCUGUUGUCAUAAGAAACCAUAUUAGGGGAAGUAAGAAAAAGCAAAUCCCAAUGGUGGUAUCAGCCAUAAUCCCUACCACCCCUAAGCAUACGAAGAUGGAAUAAGAAUGUCAGGGGGCAAGGGAGUCUCAGUGCCCCUUGGGAAGUGACUGCCUUGGAGAGAAAGGCAGUGGCAGCGAGACUGCUACCUGAAGUGAGCUCCAGCUGCCAGGUGUGUGUGUGUGUGUGUGUGUGUGUGUGUGUGUGU